GCCUGGUGGAUGACCGACAACAUGUCCACUGAUGUGUGGGGCCGCUGGUUACAGACGAACGGAGUGUGGAACUUCACCGACCUGCCCACAGGAUCGCACUACCCAGAAGAUUACCUCCAGGCAGUGCAGGCCAGCUCAAUCCUAGCUUGUAUAUUCUCCAUCCUGGGCAUCUUCGUGUUCGUGGCUCAGCUCUUCACCCUGGAGAAAGGAAACAGGUUCACCAUCUCUGGCAUCUUCCAGCUCCUCGCCUGCCUGUGCAUCAUGAUCGCAGCCUCCAUCUACACAGACCGUUUCCACCUGGACGAGAACUUCGGCUGGUACGGUCACUGCUACAUCUUGGCGUGGAUCUCCUUCGCCCUCACGUUCAUCUCCUCCAUCAUUUACUUUGUGCUACGCAAGAAAGUAGCGUAACAUGGACAUUAGCUUUAGCUCCAACCGGCCCGAGAAACCUCUGGCUGGAUCUACUCUCCCCGCUAAAAUCUGUUCCUUAAGUUUGUGUUUGUGUUCUUCAGAUUUGAGCUGCGAGUGUAUUUUCAGCCGCACAUUCAGAAGAGCUGCGGGACCUCCUCCAAUACGAGCUCGUGUUUGAUGGAGUCUGCGGCGUCGAGUGUGCUCAGACUCCAUCCAUCACGCACGUAUUUGAGCUGAUUCUGCUCCCAGUAAAUCCGGUUCAUAACUAAACCAGAUCUGUGCUCUGUUGUUUCUGCACAUUUACAUUUGGAUUUGAGUGUUGGAUAAAAAGGGGCAAGUUUGUUUAUUUUCUUAUUAUUUUAUUGUUAGUUGAUCAUAUUUUUUUUCUUUCAUAUAUCUGCUCCGGUUCUCGUUUAAAAAAAAGAAAAGUGCCACUAACUCACGAGGUCUGAAAACGUGACCUGACCUGUGUGUAAGCUAUGCAACUCUGUAACGUGUAAAUCACUGAUAUAAAGCUGUGGAGUUUUUUGUAAUUAUUUGUGAUUAAAAGAAACAAAAAACAAG